AUGGUGGGUGAGCGGCUCACCUUCCUCACCCUACUCACCCUGUUAAAGUGGCAGUGUCCAAAAAAAAAGAAAGAAAAAGAAAAGAAGAGAAAAAAAAGAAAAGAAAGAAAAAAGAGAGAGGGAGGGAGGGAGAGAAAGAGUCUUCGUCGUACAAACUCGACAGAAUUUCACAUCUAUACUGAUGGUGCUUGUGUUGACAAUGGAAGCAAGAAUCCGAGAGGCGGUUGUGCCUUUGUAUUCAAGCCUUCGGACCGUGGGGUGCGUGGCUAUACUGCCUUUCGUCUCGAGAAUAGGGGGCCGACGGGCGAGCAGUAUCAACAGACGAGCAACCGAGCUGAGCUACGAGCUGUUAUCGGAGCACUGCGAUAUCGUUGCUGGGAUGGUGAAGGGUUCAGGAGUCUCGUCAUCGCUACGGAUUCUGAGUAUAUCGUAGAGGGCGCCACACGCUGGGUCAGAGGCUGGUUGCGGAAUGGCUGGAGGACGAGAUAUGGAGCGCCCGUUAAGAACAAAGAUCUCUGGCAGAUACUACUUGGAGAGGCUGAACGAUUGUCGGACCAAGGCUUGAAAAUCCGGUUCUGGCGGAUCCCGCGGGAGUGGAAUACAGAAGCGGACAAGUGGGCCAAAGAUGCUGCUACUAGGGCUACUAGGGCCCAAUGUCUUGAGAAGUUUGCCGACAUUCGUGGCUUUCUGGUUUAA